AUGUCUGUAGCCGCACCGCGCCAGCGUUGUCGAGGCUGGCGGUCAUCGUCCUCGGCCAUGACCCGGCUGAUGUUGGGCCGGACUCUGGAGCGCAUCUGUAAAGGCGUCCUGCUGCUCUGCCUGCUCCACUUCCUCAUCAUGAUGAUCCUGUACUUCGACGUCUACUCGCAGCGCUUCGACCUCUUCAGCCGCUUCAACAACGGCCGCAACGGAUCCAGGAAUAACGCCAGCGGAGCGGCAGGGAGCGGACACCAUUUUUACUACUACAACCUCUCUAGGCCCAACGCGACAUUAGCCAGCUACCUGGCCACGGGGGAGCAGCUGGUGCCGAGUGCGCAGCCGGAGACCAAUCAGACGCCGUCCCCCAAACCGCUGCCACCGUGCCCUGAGAUCCCGCCCGGCCUCGUGGGACGUUUGUUGAUCGAGUUCAGCUCCCUGAUGACGAUGGAACGAGUGCAGAAAGAAAACCCCAACGUGACGGACGGAGGCCGCUACACGCCUCCUGACUGUCGGCCCAGAUGGAAGGUGGCCAUCAUCAUCCCGUUCCGUCACAGAGAAAACCACCUAAAGUACUGGCUCCACUACCUCCACCCUAUCCUCAGACGGCAGAAGAUUGACUACGGCAUCUACAUCAUCAACCAGUUGGGUGAGGACACCUUCAACCGUGCCAAGUUGUUGAACGUCGGCUACACGGAGGCUAUGAAGGACGCAGAGUACGACUGCUUCAUCUUUAGCGACGUGGACCUGAUCCCAAUGGACGACCGCAACCUCUACCACUGCUACGACCAGCCGAGGCACUUCGCCAUCGCCAUGGACAAGUUUGGUUUCAGACUGCCCUACGCAGGCUACUUUGGAGGAGUUUCAGGCCUCAGUAAAAAGCAGUUUCUGAAGAUCAACGGCUUCCCCAACGAGUACUGGGGCUGGGGAGGGGAGGACGACGACAUCUACAACAGGAUCACUCUGAAUGGGAUGAAGGUGUCCAGGCCAGACGUUCGCAUCGGCCGCUACAGAAUGAUUAAACACGAGAGAGACAAACACAACGAGCCCAACCCACAGAGGUUUAAUAAAAUCCAGAACACGAAGAACACGAUGAAGAAGGACGGCAUCAGCUCUCUGACCUACAGAACGAUCCAGGUCAAGAGGUGCCCUCUGUACACAAAUAUCUCUGUGGAGAUCGGCAAACCGCCGCCCCGGCCUAUCAAGGGCUAAAGAGAGAGGAAGACGAGGGGGUCGACACACGUAUUGACUGGAGGGAACAAGACAACAAAAAGAGCGCCUAUAAGAAGGGAAUAAAGAGAUCACAUAUCCUAGACAUCUGGAAAGAUGCAGGAGUGAAAGAGAGAGGACAAAGACACAUCCUGGUCUCUUUCUCCCUCUUUAUCCCCCUCAUCUCUCUCUGUUUGUUCGUUUUUUUAGAUUUCAGCUUGCCGUUCCUGUAACCAGGACUCAGGCUCUUUCCAAUUUUUUCAAGCAGCCAAUGGCUUCACACCUCCUACCUUUACCAAUCAGUGACUUCAGCAUUUAAAGAGUGUGGACCAAAGCUGGAACAUCAGUGACCGACCGAAGGUUGGCGUCAAAACUUGGAGUCUUUCCAUUAACAAUCUUUUGUAAACUGGAGGGCAUCCAGUGGCUGUUGAGGAUAUUGACAGGAACUACUGUCGGGAGAUUAGAGGUGAGACAAUAACACCAUUUGGAAGUUUGGAAAGUUUUCAUGACCUUUUCUGAAAUACUGGAGAGCAUCGAAUGGGAUUUCUUGGAAUAUUUGACCAAGUUCAUAAAAGCAGAAUGAAAGAAACGGCUUUUUACAUGGAUACAAAGACAGAUGGACAACGGAGACAUUGCUGGUUUGGAAAUGAAAUAUCUGGAGAACAACAAACCUGGUGGACAACAGACGCUAUCAAACAUUUUACUUCCCAAGCGUUCACAGUGAUGCUCAAGAGAAUGGGGAUUUCCAUUAGAGGGAAACUGUAACGAAAUAUGAUGACAUGCAGUGAUGCUCCAUGGACUUGUAUCUGAUGGAUUGCAUAUCAAAGAGAUCGUCUGACUCUCGUCUUUACAAAUGAUGCUAAUAGACGAUUUAAUAUUGACGUCUUUGUCAGGGAGUUUGGAUCUAAUUACUCAAUCGAGUCCUCCGGUAUCAAUUAAUGAAUGUGUAUUGUGCCUGCAUCUACAGUGCUGGGACACGCUGAUACAACAUGUUCGUCAGCAGCAACAAACUCCUGAGAACUCUCUUUUUGUUCUCUUUUUUUUACAUAUAUAUAUAUAUAUAUACAAACUAAAACUUUGGAAACUGACAUAUUGGAGUGACGGAAAAGUUUUGCAACAAAAGUAAAAUUGUUGAAGACGUGAGGAGUUUUGUGCUGAAUGCAACGUUGUGGAACUACCCUGGGAAUGCAUUUGAAAUCAAAUCGAGGAACUGAAGACAACAAGGCAGAUAUACACCGACUGCUCAGUCGUGAUUUUAACCCCAUGUGUGGCACAUGUUUUUUUUCACUCCACUCGAGGAAAGAUAAGAGGUUUAUUUUGGUAAUCUGGGCUUUAAACGUACAUUUUUGUCUCUACAAGGUGCAAAUGGCUUGAGGUACAUUAAUGUUCCUUUAGGUACAGAUUUGAUUAAGUAGAAAUAUGCAUUUUUUGUUAGAAAAUUGGACAUUUACCACAUUUUUUGAACACAUAUGGGACAGAAAAACUUAGCUAUCAGAAUAGAGUCACGGCUCAAGUCUUAUGGAAACAAAAGCUGAGUGGAAACUUUUACACUAGCAGACAAGAACAAACAAACAAAGUCAUUUUUAGCCUUCAAUGUGACCUGGACAUCUUCUUUUUUACCACAAUUCAUUAAAACUCUAUUGAUACUGUUACUAUGCCAUUAUCUCUCUCUGCUAUCUUUUUCUUUAAAUCUUUAGGGAAAAAGACGAUCAUAUCUGUAAAGAGGAAAUUAUAAAGGUGAUAGGCUCCUGCUGGGGGAAAUUGUGAAUUUCAUGUCAGUAAUGAGAAGUUAUCGUUUGAGCAGUUUGACUGACAUCUCUAUUGCUGCUUCAGAUUUUAUCAUCAUCAGCUGUCAGUAUCGCACUUUUUCAUAAAUGAUGAUUACCUUUUUUUAUGUUAAUUUUCAAACUUUUUUGUCUAUGAGUUUCAUAACUUUCCCUGUGUGAAAAAGGAACAAACUAAAUAUUUGAUCAUGAUUUCCUAGUCAGCGUAUUGAAGCCUUUGACUGUCUUAUACUUUGGUACAUCACUCUUCUUCCUCUGUUUAAACUUCUCCUCGUCUCUACUGUUGACGCCUAAACACCAAACUGAUGCCUUCAGAAGUAAUCCAUACUAAAGGGGCAGGGAAGGUUAUUUUUUUAUUUAAAGCUCAUUUUAGGGUGUAAAAUCAGUCAAUGAUGAUGUGUGUUUUAAGAUGGGUGAUACAGAAAUGAACCCAUUUUUGUUU